GGAAGGAGGUGUCAUGGCGCUGAUGAAGUUAAAAAAUUCUGAGACAUAAAUUUCACAUUUUGCAAAGAAAUAAAAGUCUGUCAGUCGACAUGGACUUUAUCAAAACCCCAAAGACUGCUUGUGAGUUUAAGGAAAUUAUGGUUGAUAAUGUCAAGCUUCUAGAAAGAUACAAUGCCAGGAAAUCAACGCUUGGAACUCUCUAUCUGACGACAACCCAUUUGAUAUUUGUUGAUGCUCAAGGCAAGAAAGAAACAUGGGUUCUCCAUAUGCACAUGUCUACAAUAGAUAGGUUGCCCUUGACAACAGGAGGAUCACCACUACAGAUAAGAUGUAAAGAUUUUCGUUGUGUGACGUUCGUAAUACCUCGUGAUAGAGAUUGUCAGGACAUAACAGAGUCAUUACAGCAACUAUCACACCCAAGUAAUAUUGAGUCCCUUUAUGCAUUUGACUUUAGUUUGAAUGAUGACAUUCCAAAGUCUUUUGGGUGGCACCUGUAUGAUACAGAUACAGAAUAUCUACGUAUGGGUGUACCUAGUACACACUGGGCACUCACCAGUAUGAAUAAAAGCUAUGAAAUCUGUGAUACUUAUCCAAGAAAUUUAUACGUCCCAGCUAGCGCUACAACACCUAUUCUUGUUGGAAGUUCAAAGUUCAGAAGUAGAGGAAGAUUACCAGUGCUAUCAUAUCUUAACAGAGCUAAUCAGGCUGCCAUAUGCAGAUGUAGUCAGCCAUUAGCAGGGUUCAGUGCAAGAUGUGUGGAAGAUGAACAAAUGUUACAUGCAAUUCUCAAAGCUAAUCCAAAGUCAAAAUACAUGUAUGUUGUGGACACCCGGCCUAAGAUAAAUGCUAUGGCUAACAAGGCAGCAGGGAAAGGCUUUGAGAAUGAGAACUACUAUUCUGAUAUCAAGUUUUAUUUCUGUGGUAUAGAAAAUAUCCAUGUCAUGAGAAACAGUCUACAAAAACUUAUAGAUUUAUGUGAGAUGAGAAAUCCAUCAAUGAGUGCAUUCCUGACAGGACUUGAGUCAUGUGGGUGGUUAAAACAUAUCAAAUCUGUAUUAGAUACAGCAGUCUUUAUUGCAAAGGCAGUAAGAGAUGGAACAAGUGUAUUGGUUCAUUGUUCUGAUGGAUGGGACAGAACUGCACAAACCUGUUCUUUAUCAGGUCUAAUUCUGGAUCCAUACUACAGAACUGUUCAAGGUUUUCAGGCACUGAUAGAGAAGGAAUGGUUAUCUUUUGGUCACAAAUUUACCGAUCGUUGUGGAUUACUUGGUACCGUAGAUUCAAAGGAAGUAUCUCCAGUAUUUACUCAGUUUAUAGAAAGUGUGUGGCAGUUAAUGCAGCAAUUUCCAUGUGCUUUCCAGUUCAACGACCGUUUCUUGAUCACAAUUCACGACCAUGUUUAUUCCUGUCAGUUUGGUACUUUUGUUGGGAACUGUGAAAAAGAUAGGCUAGAUUUACGGUUGUCAGAGAGAACUUAUUCAUUGUGGGGAUACAUUACCAAGCACAUGACAGAAUAUUUGAAUCCUUUCUACAAAAAAUCUUAUGAGCAUCAAGAACCUGUGAUAAUGCCAAAUACUAGUCCACAAUGUGUAAAGUUUUGGGCAGGAAUGUAUAAUAGAUAUGAGAAUGGUAUCCAUCCAAGGGAGAAUAUUGUAGAUAUAUUAAGUUCUGCAAGUGACCAUUGUGCUUCCUUAGAAGAUCAUGUUCAGCUCUUAGAAAAGAGAAUAACACAAGUCUGUAAGUUAUUGGGUAAACCAGACCAAGUGAUUGAAAAGAAAUUAAAUGGCUUCCUGUCUACAGAAUCAUUGGACCAAGUUAGUGAUGACAACAAUGAUUUACCCUUAAAAAUAAACAAAGAACUUAUUAUCAACGGUGACACAGAAAAACAACAAAGUGAUGGGGAAUCGACGGAAAAAGAUAUUAUAAAUAGCAACAAGAAAAGUGACUCUGAGUCAGGAUUUGAAGAAAUGUCCAAAUCAGUUCCUGAGGAUUUGAAUAUUAACAUGACAUUACCAGGUAUAGAAGAUUGUCGGACUAUGGACUCUAGCAUGACACGCUCGGCAAGCGCUGAGCAGCUUAAUUUGGACUAUUUAGUUUUAGAACUGACAAGUGUUGCUCUGGAUUGGAAGUCCUUCAGAAAUGUACAUAACUGCUCAUGUGCUUCUCCCUUUGACCGCUUUACCAAAAAGUUCCAUUGUUGGAAAUGCGGUGAUGUAUUCUGCACUCGAUGUAUUGCCAAGAAUAUACCAUUACCUGGACAUUAUUCCAAACGACCUGUACCAGUCUGUCGACCAUGUUAUAAGGACAUUCGACACUCGCCUUCCAUGGAAUUUUCUCCACCAAUCAACAACACAAGCUAACCACUGUCUUUUGUGAUAUAUUUAGUUACUAGUCUUAACAUACAAAAAACAUGAUGUAUUUGAUAUAGUCUAUGAUUGAAGUAGAAACAAGUUUUUGAAGAAUCAGUCAUUCCAUACUUAUAGUUUAUAAAUCAUUUGGUUGGAAUAAAUUUGCUUGAAAUGUGUCUUGAUUAUCUCCCUUAGUUUAAGUUUUGUAAUGAUAUUUUUUAAGGUUUAUUUUAAUAACAGAGACAACUUUGCUCCUAUAUUUUGGAUAAAAAAAACCUUUCUAAUGGGUUUAUUUAUACUUUGAAAGAACCUUUUGUCAGUGAUUUAUACUUGUCUUGUCUAGUCCAUUGUUUUGUGUAACUUUAUAAGAACAAAAAUUUUUUCUCAGGUAUAAGAAAUUCUUUUUUUUUUCAUGAGAAUGUCAAAACCAAUAUUUUUAUUAAUGUAUUAUGCAAGCAGAUGUUUUCAGAAUUAGUAUGCAGUUUGGAAUUUUAAAACAAAGUCUAAACUUGAGUUGGAAAUUUUUCAGGAAAAGAAGUACAUGAUACAUAGUUGUCUCUGGUGGAUAGUUGUCUCAUUGGCAAUCAUACCACAUCUUCUUAUUUUUAUAAACCCUUAAAUGAAUACAGUUGUCUUAUGCCACAUUUGGUGUCAUGUUGAAUCAAGACUAUCUUCAGCUUCUGGGAUUUCAAUUUAGAAUUAUACAAAGUAAAGCAAAAUUCCAGAAAUGAGACAGCAUUUAUACUGUAAAUUCAGAAAUUAUUGCUUGCAUUUAUUAUUGCGAUUUUUGAAGAAUUGACAAAAUGAGAUUAAUUAUUUCAGGAAAAGCUGCAUACAGAUGUAUGUAUAAGAUAUCAGAAUGUGAGUUCUUAUUAUUGUGAUACUCCUCCAGUGGCAUUAUGUGCAUUAAUAAAUACCUUGCAACAAUUUCUGAAUUUACAGUACUUGAAAUUUAGGCAACUGCUAUAGUUCCUAUACCAUGAUGAACAUAUAAAGUCAUAUACUUGAAUAUGUUUACAUGAUUUGCACAUUUGAAUCAUUUCCUUGAUUGAACCGAUGCUUUUCCUCCAAUUUUAAGAUGAUGUUUGGUAUCAAUCACUUGUAUGAGGUCACAAAUUUCCUCUUGUAACAAAUAAAAUUCAAUGAUAUCAUUUCUAUAUUUAUUUCAUGUAAUAGAGGACAGAUGUUAAAGUUAGAUAUUAAUUUGGGUGUAUUAUUUAUGCAUUUUAUUGUUUAUCAGAAACUGUUUGUAAAUUUGUAAAACACUCUCACAGUGGUAAUAUCUUAAACUGGCAGUGAUGUAUAUAUAUUUUAGUUUAACACUUCUGCAACUAUUUUCACAAAAAAUCAUGGCAGUCAUGAAGAUUUCAGUAUAACUUAAGAUUAAUUUUGAAUUCAAGAUUUUUUGUGAAAAUAGUCUGUCAAAUAUAUAUUUUUGAUUUAGUAUAUUUUGUUACAUAUAAAUCUUAUACUUUUGUUCUCUAUAUAUUUUGUUUAUAAUGAAGGGUUAGUGCAAUGUUAUUUAAUUUGUUCAAUUUAUUUUGUUUUUUUUUUGGGACAAAAAUUCUAGAAUAUGGUGAUAAUUAUAGCACAGAUUUCAAAAUACACCUUUCAACAUUUAGCUUUCUUUUCCUGAAAUAAUUUUGAUAUAUAAGUUUAUUUGAUGAAAAAUGGAUGCCAUUUCGAAGAUGAGCCAAACAUGCAACAUUGCAAAAUCAAUAUAAUGACUAAAUGAAGAUUUUGUUUUGUUUAAAGGCAUGGUAAUACAAAAAGAGCACACAUAUAGACUGUUUUUAUCUUAUGCUUUAUAGAAUGAGAUAAAGGAACAGUAUAAUAUGCUUUGCUCCUGUAUGUGAAGUAGGUAUCAGUAAUAAAAAAAGAAAGUGUGUAGAAUCAAGAAUUUUUUCCUUCUUUCAAAAUUGGUAAUAAUUGUUGAUCAGUGUAUUUGAUGUAUUGAAUUCACAUGAAAAAUUAUAUUACUAAAUGAUUAAACGGCAUUUCCAAAAAUUCUGCAACAUUAUAUUUUGAUACGGUAUUUUUAAAUUAAAAUUGAUACACAACUGACAUAAAUUUUUUUGUAGUUGUAGUAUUAUCAAUUAAAAACAUGGACAAUGAGAACCUCAAGAUUUAGUAUUAAUUUCUCUGCACAUUUCAUCAUUUAAGGGUCAUCAGAAAAAUAGAAUCACAUCAUUGAUAUUAUUAGCAUCACAUUACGUAGAUGGUACCUUUAUACCUUUUCAUACACAAUUUUAGAGCUUGAAUCAAAAUGGGAAUUUCAUUAUUUCUAUUUGUGUACUUAGCAAUAAAAGGAAAACACAUUUUGUAGCAUAUACAUAAAACAUUCCACACACAUAUAUAUAUAUUAUUUGUUAAUACUGUUUUAUUUGAUGAAACAAUUUCUUUUUUUUUAAUUUAGUUAAAUAAUAUAUAGACCUAUAGAAUAUUUUGCAUCCCUGUUUGAAAGAUGAGACAGAAGGAGAAUGAAUUUUAAAAUAUUUCUUUUGAAACAUAAAGACUACCGGUACCCAAAUUUGAGUGAAAGAAAACACUAAAAUGUGCAUUGUUGUUACUGUUUUUUGAAUAACCUUAUUUGGCAUGGCUACAUUUUUGUUAGUUUGGAAUUCGUUUAAUUAAAGCUCUCUACUGUCAAGAAAUAAAAAAAACAACCAGUAACAAUUGUCUCAUCGUCAGUAUUUUACAUAAAUAUCUGUAAAUGUAUUCGUGUACAGUAUGUUUAUCUGGUUGAUAUGAGUCUGUACAAUACGGGUCAGAUAUAAUCAGUUCAGUCACAUUAUAAUUUAUGUUCUUUUAUGUGGAUGCUUCUGUUUGGUAGUUUUGUGACAUAACUCUAUGAAAUUGUCACAUUUCUGGUGAAACCAGUUUUCUUUAUGCAACAUUUGGAUCGAAAAUAAUUUUAGUUAUUUGAGUGAAUAAGUUUUAUAAAACCAUGAAAAUUUGUGCGCGUUUAAUCUUUCCUUUUAAAAAUUUUGACCAUAAGCCAGAUAUGUUUUACAUUGAUCGUAAGUCAAUAAAAAGAUAGAUUCUAGAACUGUGUAAACGACGUUUAAAAAAAUGACGAAAGAUUUACAAACAGAAGUACUUAUACACAUGCAGAUGUAAAAAAAUCUGUUUUGAAUUUUGCCAGAAUUUGAUGUUACCUCUAUGGUAAAAUAAAAAAUUAAAAAACUGUUCAUUUUAAUAAAUGUUGUUUCAAAAUGAAAAAUCUUGUAUACUUGCCAUCUGAUAGUUCACUGAAUUAGAAUUUUUUGUGACAUCUGUUAUAGUCCCUCGUUUCAUGCUAAUGUUUAGUAAGGAUCUUAUUUUUGUUCCAUUUGGUUAAAGGUGCUUUAUAAAGAAUGUCAUAGUAAGUUUGUGUUGCAUAGUUACUUAGUUUUUAUAUGCAAAGUAUUGUAUACCAGCUCAAAGCUAGCUAUAACACAGUAGUUUGCUUUGAAUGUUUAUAACAAAAUGAAACACCAAAUAAAUUUCCAUACAUCA